AAGAAGAGAACACGAACUAACACACAAAAGAAAAUUUUAGUUUUCCGUACAUUUCAAGAUUUAAGACCGACCCAGCCCAGAAAAGCGGAAAAAGAGACCGGACACGCCAACGACUGCAAUUGCAAUCAAACCAGGAGCUUUCCACAACAUGCAAACCAUCAAGUGUGUGGUCGUCGGUGACGGAGCCGUGGGCAAGACCUGUCUGCUCAUCUCCUACACAACCAACAAAUUCCCCUCGGAGUACGUGCCCACGGUGUUCGACAACUAUGCGGUGACGGUUAUGAUUGGCGGAGAGCCCUAUACACUUGGCCUAUUCGAUACGGCUGGUCAGGAGGAUUACGAUCGGCUGCGUCCUCUUUCAUACCCCCAGACGGAUGUCUUCCUUGUCUGCUUCUCAGUAGUCAGUCCAAGUUCCUUUGAGAACGUUAAGGAGAAGUGGGUGCCGGAGAUCACACACCAUUGUCAGAAGACGCCGUUCCUGCUGGUGGGCACACAGAUCGAUUUGCGUGACGAGACCAGCACGCUGGAGAAACUGGCCAAGAAUAAGCAAAAGCCUAUCACCAUGGAGCAGGGUGAGAAGCUGGCCAAGGAGCUAAAAGCAGUCAAGUAUGUGGAGUGUUCGGCUCUGACGCAGAAGGGCCUCAAAAACGUUUUCGACGAGGCCAUUCUGGCCGCUCUGGAGCCACCAGAACCUACCAAGAAGAGGAGGUGCAAAUUCUUAUAAUUUUCCUUAUCUUUUUUUUUCCACUCCCCCCUCUGUGUAUCCUUUUCAUUCUUGCUAUCUACCGUCGCAACAUCCCGACGCCUUCCCAGUCCUCUUCGUCCAAGCGACAUUCAAUAUAUAUAUUCAUUAUA